GGGGAGACAAGAAGCAGAGGCUGAGACAGACCAUACAACAAAGGAGUCGCCUGCCUGUAAAGGUGUUUGGAGUGGCAGCGACCCUCUCUGCUCACUGUCCCCUCCCUCCCCCCAGCUACAAUGCCUUUCUUGGGCCAGGACUGGAGGUCACCAGGAUGGAGCUGGACAAAGACAGAGCACGGCUGGAAGAGGAUUGUCUUCUAUGGACACGAGUUGGAGGACAACAACAGAGAAAUAGACUUGAAGGAGCUCUGCAGUGGCAACAAUGAAAACCUGUUUGUCGGAGAUGUGUGUGAGCUCGCCACAACAAAGAGGAAAAAGGACUUCUACAAUAAUAACACCAAAUCUCAGUUUGUCUUCAGGGAUAAAUGGAUCUACGUGCAGAAAGGAAGCACAAAAGAACGACAUGGAUACUGCACACUUGGUGAAGCGCUCAACCGUCUAGACUUUUCCAGUGCCAUUCAGGACUUGAGAAGAUUUAACUAUGUUGCAAAACUUUUCCAGCUAAUAGCCAGGUCUCAGCUGACUUCUUUGAGUGGAGCUGCACAGAAAAACUAUUUCAAUAUACUGGAGAAGAUUGUGCGAAAGGUCCUAGAGGACCACUACAAUCCUCGCCUUGUCAAGGAGCUGCUACAGGACUUGAGCUCGACGCUGCACAAUCUGACUGUCCAUGUUGGCAGAUGUGUUCUUGUGGGCAAUGUCAACAUCUGGCUGUGCCGACUGGAGACCAUUCUCAAAUGGCAGCAGCAGCUCAACAACCUUCAGAUCCCCAAGCAAAUGUGCGAUGGUAUGUCAUUCAACGACUUGCCACUUUACAUGCAGAAUAAGAUCCUUUACAAGUUGUCUGAUGCUUAUGACAUCAUAAACCUGGGACAGGCCACGCCUACGCUGCACAUCCUCAGUGAGAACCGGACACUGUGGAAGAGGCUGUGCCACUUUCACUUCUCAGACAAACAGUUCUGUAGGAAUCUGGUCCUAACCAAGAGUGACAACGUGGACUGGAAGCUAAUGUACUUCACCCUGCAGAAACACUAUCCCAUGAAGGAGCAGUACGGCGACACCUUGCACUUCUGCAAACACUGUAGCAUCCUCUUCUGGAAGGAUCGCCACCUGGCUUUGUUAUUCAAGGACUGUGGCCAUCCGUGCACAGCCAACGACCCCGACAGCUGCCUCAUGCCCAUCUCUCCACAGCACUUUAUCGACCUCUUCAAGUUUUAAACCCUCCACGGUGUUCUUAAAGCAAAGUAUCCGUUUCCCAACCCAAGAGUGUGUACGAGACUUUUUACCCAAAUACAAAGGGCUUCAACUGAAAGAAAUUACUUUUUUAUGUCUUCAUUUCCUUACGCACAAAUGUUUCCAUAAGACAUAGGAAAGAUUACAUGUGUAUGUUUGUUGAUUUUAAGAAUGUUGGUGAUGGGUGAAAAUAUAAAAGAAACUUUUAUGUUUUUCCUCUUUCCACACCAAUGUUUGUCUUCUUGACAAAAAAAAGCUCAACUGACAGAGAAAAGAAAAAAUAAUAUGUAAAUUUAAUAUGAGUAUUUUGAAAGGAUUUAUAUGUAAAAGGAGUUGUAGCAUGUUUAUGGUAGGUAAGUGAUGAUAGGUAACGUGUCCAGGGUUUUUUUUUUUUAAAUGGCAAAAAGUAAAAAUUUUAUGUGGGAGAAUAAGAUGACUCAUGUUGUUUAUUUAAUGGGGUUAAAGUUUUCUGCUUUUUGCUCUGUUUUGUUUUGUUUUGGUGGUAUUUUUCUGCAAUAACUGAAUGCAUGUUAUGUUUGAGUCUCUGUUUACAUACUGUUUGUUGUCCCGUGAAUUCGUGCUGUGCUCUGUGUACAGUGAAGGCGUCGACACUAAAAGAAAAUAAUGUAAAACUCCAUUAGCCGUACAAAUUUUUACAAUCUACUUAUGUCAGAGCUGUCAAGUGACAGACAGAGAAAAUGUAAAACAUUAUUUAUGAGGGGAAAAAAAAGUUUUGUAUCCUUCCUACAACUUUUGUAAUAUUCCUUUACUGUUCCAAAUACUCUUGAUGGUACUAUCAUGACUUUUAUGGGACAGGAACUAGCAAAUAAUGAUAAUAAAAUAUUUCUAAAAACCUGCUUCUUUUUGUAUUGGGUCACUGGGAAUUGUUUGUU